ACUUACUGCACAAGUACUUGUGAGUUUUUGUUUUUCCAAAUUUUAUGAGUAUUCCCAGUAAUUUAUCGUUAAUAAAUUAUUCCAAUAUCUGCUGGUUUUUGCUCAGCUUACUGGUACUUAGUAUAUUCGAAGAAAGCUUGCGUUCGGCAUAAGAUUGUCAUAACUCAGACUGUUGCACUUUGUUGGUAUUUGGAAGACCGGAAAAUUUUGUCAUGUGGGGUUCCAGCACAAAACCUUCUCCGCAGCCAGAUAAUGUGCUAAUGCAGCAACAGCAGGAGCAAGUCAAGCAGUUGCGGGAAUUUCUCUUAUCGUAUAACAAGCUGAGCGAGCUGUGUUUCAACAGUUGUGUACAUGAUUUCACAACGCGCAAAGUCCUGGAUCCCGAAGAUUCCUGCUCACUGAAUUGUGUGGAAAAGUACCUUAAGCUUAACCAAAGAGUGUCCAUGCGGUUUCAGGAAUAUCAGACGUUACAGAAUGAAGCAGCACUCGCAGUUGCCCAGCAGGCUGGACACUUUCCUGCCAAGCAGUAGCUGUUUUUUUCACAAAUACGCGUAUGUAAUCUUGUGCCUCAGUGGUGAAUGGGAAAUAAGAAUGUUUGCGGAAAAAUGUUUGGGUUUGGUGAGUUUUUAAUUUUAACCCCGAUGUUCUGCGCUUUGAUUUGUGUUGCAGUGCCGGGCAUAAAGUAUGUAGGAACCGA